AUGGCAGUGAAUGAAGCAGAGAAUGUGAUUGAACUAACUAUAUAUGAAUAUAGUCAACUGGAACGCUGUUCAAGAGUUGGAUUAUCACGCCAGCCUUUAUGUGACGAUUUGCCUCCACUUUUAGAAAAGAUUGAUGCUGUGAAGAGGAAGAUGAUGAUGCAACAUAAUAUUAGUAAAAAUGAGGAUCUGCAACUGGUGGAUCAUUCAUCAUCUAGACAUGUUGCAAGUCUGAAUCUAGAAAAUGUUGUCGCAGGUCUUGAAGACGACUUGAUGAAAAUCAUGAGAAGACUAAUUGGGCCACCGUCUAGUAGAGAAAUUGCCUUAAUUUUAGGCUUGGGGGGGAUCAGCAAGACAACUCUUGCUAAAAAGGUAUACGAUCAUCUUGAAAUCAGGAAUCGCUUUGACAUCCAUGUUUGGGUAACAAUAUCUCAAGAAUAUCGAAGUAGUGAUUUGUGGUUGGGCAUUCUUACUUGUAUUUUUCAAGUGACAAACAUUGAGGUUCAAUAUGAGAUCAAAGAAAGUAGUGAUGAUCAGUUGAUGGAUAUGAUAUACAAAAAGUUAAAAUUGUCGGAGGUUGCUGAGCAUGCAGAUCCUGAUAGCAAUCCUCAUGAGAUGAGCCUAUUGAAUUCAGAUAAUAGUUGGAAGUUACUUCAUGACAAGGUGUUUGGUUCACAACAUGUUUGUCCUCCUGAAUUAGAGAAUGUUGGGAAGAAAAUAGCUCAAAAGUGCCAAGGACUACCUUUAGCUCUUCUAGUGGUUGCAGAGCAUCUCUCCAAAAUUUCUAGAACACGAGAAUGUUGGGAUGAUGUUGCCAAAAGGAUUAGUAAAAUUGUUGCUAGUGAACCAGAUAAAUGUCUUGGAGUGCUUGGUAUGAGUUAUAGUUACUUGCGGGAUCACCUAAAGGCAUGCUUCCUUUAUAUGGGAGCUUUCCCAGAAGAUUUUUGA